CUCUGGUCUUGGACGAAUCAGUGUGCGAGUCUCUCUGCCAUUUGCGCGUCGGUACGCGACUACGCGGCAGUGGUGAUACCAGAAUUCUACGUCUGCUUACCGGUGCGUAGAAAACGCAGGCCUUAUUAAGUGCGUUUUGUACCUAAGUGCUUUAUCGACCGUACAAUUAAAUUGAUCAGCAUGGCGGAUACGGAAUCUAAAGACACCAAAGUUGCUACUACUCCAGAAAAGAAAGUAGUCGAAGAAGAGAAGAAGACAGUUCAAGAGAUUGAUGAAGAUUCAAAAGCAUCUGAAAAUGGAGAAGCCGAAGAAACCAAAGAAAAUGGGUCAAAUGAGGAAAAAGAGGCAGAGAACAAGGAAGCAGAAUCAACAGAGAAUGGUGAUUCUACAGAUGCUCCCAUCGAUAGUUGUUGUGUAAAGAGAAAAUCAACAACUUUAAGUGAAACAACAGAAGAAGCUGCUACUGAUGGUGCCAGUCCUGAAAAAAAGACAAAACUUGAUGAGAAAUGUGCUGAAACAGAAAGCAAUGGGGAAGCAGAAGCUACGGCCUAAUAUUUUUUGUUUACUGCAGAUUUAAUCUAUAGAUACAAUUUUAACAGCUAAUGACAAGUCAGAACACCUAAAAUUUGUUAUGCAUCGUCAAGAUAGACGAGCAUUAAAAACAAAAAUUUCAAUAUUGUAUUAAUGACUUUUGUGUUCAGACAUUUUAUGUGUGUUUAUUGCAACCAUUUUUAUGAUUUUGAUUGGCAAUAGCAUAUAUCUAUAACAUCAUCAUAAAUUACCAUUUUAGAUUACUACCAUUCAUGUUUCCUAAGUUUUCCACAUUGACGUCCAUACAUAACACGUAUAUACACACAGUGCUAAACUUAUAAGAUGAAAAAGAUACAGAUAAUAUUAUAAAUAAUAUAUUUCUGAUACAUAAAAGUAGAUAAUAGUGUGGUGCUUGAGAAUGACACUUGUAGGAAAAUGUUCCAUACAUAAUUUUCUUUCUGAUGCACAGAUACAUGAAUAUAUAUUAACAUUUUAUAUUGAAGAUGGAAGAAAUAAUAUUUGCAAAUCAAAAUACAUUCCUAAAAUACCUUAAAGCUCGCCUAACGUUCAUUUAGUAGUAUUUUCUGACGAAAGAUGUAAAAUGAAUUCCAUUUGUAAACUCUGACAAAUAUUUGUUUCAUACAUAAUUUAAUAUUCAAUAAAAGUAAAAUAAAUUAGACAAACUAUAAAGUGUUUGAGUACGCUGACAUUAAUAUGAUAAUAUAUAGUUUAAAUGGUUUAUAAUUAAAAUUUAAACUAUAUUCGAUAAAAAAUAAAUAUUAUUCAAUUAUCAAAAUCGUCAAAAUAUUGAAUAUAUGUACAGAAAAAUACUGAUGAGUAAAAAACAUGUUAUUUGCAAUAACAGCGAUAUAGAAAAUACUGCGUUGACAAUUUUAUUUAAUAAAGUUGCAUAUCAAAAAUUUGAAAUUCAUGUGUAAAAGAAAUAUACUUAUAAACAAUAUGAAAGGUGCAAAAUUAAAAGCAAUCUAGUGUAUAUUAUACGUACUAAUAUUAACCAAUUGAUUUAUAUAUUAAAACAAUUACUAUAUCAUCAUUAGUCCUUUUUAGUUACUAUCUAGUACAAAUUGUUCUCAUACAAAGUAUAACAAAAUCAGAAUAACUGUGUAAUAUUAUUUCUUAUAUAAUAAAUAUUACAUGUGAAUUGGCA